AUGGCCCUCUCCCGCAAAUCACUCGCCGGACCGGGCUACAUCAUCCUCAACGGCAUCCGUGUGCUCAACAUCAUCAGCUUUCUAGCGGUGAUUACCGGCAGUGUGGUCAUGCUCAUCAAGACUUCCGUCGCCACAAAGUUCUUCUUCUUCGACGCCGUCAGUCAUGUUCUCACCGCAGUCACAAGCAUGUUCCUCAUGGUAUCCGAACUAUCGCUUUUCCGCGGCUACUUCUCCCGCAACUGGCCGCUCCUCAGCCCCUCCCACGGCUUCGUCUCCCUCGCCCUGGCCAUGGUUGUGAUUGGAGUCGACAUGCUCGGCAACCUCAACAAGCCCGCUACGAGCCAGAAAUCUCUCGGCCUCCCAUUCUGGCGCAUCGUCAUCGCCGGCGGGAUCGUCAUCUUCAUCAUGGGCUGGGUCAAUCUGAUUGCAAGCUACGUCUUCCGCGACCGCAACGCAGGCAUCACCGCUCGUCAAUCGCCGCUCUCAAAAGCCCAAGCACCGGGAGUCGAACACCCACCGCUCCGGAAUUGGCGUCAUCCUACAUGA